AUGCGAAACUCCUUGAGGUCGCGGCUUUGGUGUAUUUUCGAGAUCGCUGCAUACCGGUUCGCGAAUCCUCAAGGCUGCAUUACAUUCGCACCAUUGUUCCUCGAAAACACAGUUGUCAAGCUCUGGCUGGGAAACUACGUGACCAUGGUGACCUUCAUGUUAUUGUUAAUUGUGGUAGAUGCCGCUGCGGUGGUGAUGCUACUUCCAGCUUUCCUUCCACUUUGCAUGGUCUUCCAUUUCCUGAGGAAGAAUCUGCUUGCAAAGAGGGAACUGUUUGCAGAGUUGCGAAACUUUGACUUGAACAAGGUCGCAUGCAAAAGAGAGUUCGACCGGAAGUUCAUCUAUUCAGCCAUAGAGGAAUGGUACGGCAGCCACGAAGCCUUCACGGCCUUUGUCCGCGGCCCAUUGAAAGCAGAGCUGCUAGCAAAGCAGGCCGACACACGGUUGCCGCUCAAGUACACGCUCAUCAUCCUAACCCCUGUAUUGAGCGUGGGCAUAGACGGCUUGCUGGCUUUUGUCAAAGGAGGCAUGCCUCUAAACUUUCUUAUCUGCUAUGGCUGUGGCAUCCUUCUUGGCCUGCUCUUGCUCUGGUCCGCAGUGGCGAUUCGUAUCGCCAUGGUUCUUUGCGACCGCUUGGCCGCUCCUUACAAGCCGGGCUGUGUCGACUAUCUGCAAAGCGUGAUGGUGUUCUUGUCUUCCGUGGCGAUCACAUUUGCCGGGGUUAUCAUCGCAGCACGUGCAUAUGUCAGAGGCGAAGCUUACACUUUCGCGUGGCUCGCCGGUGCAUCACUGGCCUGCUGGGCGACGCACGGGGGUUGCAAGUGUCUGGUAUGCAGCAUCUCCCACUCCAAAAGCCAGCAGGCCUUUAGCGACUCUGUUGUGGCAGUAUAG